AUGGGGUACGGCCCACCUUGUCGCGGGCCACCUUGUCGCGACCACCUUGUCGCGACCACUUUGUCGCAGGCCAUCUUGUCGCAGGCCCACCUUGUCGCGGGCCACUUUGUCGCAAGCUUUCCUUUGGUUUUUCUUUUAAGGUUGGCCCAAACUUUGCUCGCCAUGUGCCAUACUUCAUGCCACGGCUACAACGAUGGGAAAAUUAGAAAGUUGAUUUCCGUCAGUUUCUGACUGGCGAUUUUCAAUUUCGAAGUUUCUGAAGGAACGAAGAUGUUUAAAUUAGAGAACAUUGACAAGAAAAACAAACCCAAACUGCCCUGCUUAGGGUCACAAAUUUAAUUAGUGAAGCGCGACAAUGGCUUUUUUAAAAAUUUUUUGAUUAAGUUUUUGAGUGUUUUUUCCCUUUUAUUAUUUUCUCUUAUCCGGGUAAAUUCUUCCGGAGGUUUUGACAGAGUAAAACCGAACCAGAUUACUCCAGAAAACCCCGAUCGUGCCCAGAAUGCCUUUUUCCUACUCUCCAUAUCAGCAAAAAAAUUUUCACCCCUUGCGACAAGGUGG